GUCGUGGAGUACGCAUGUCGCUCCGGUUAAGCGUCCCCCUAAGAUUCGGUCACGUAAAAAUAUCGUACUGAUAAAUUUAUAAAAAAGUAUUAAAACAGUUAAUAAUAAUCUACCUCGGACUAAUAUUAGUGAAUUAUUAAGUGCACAAUCGUUAAAUACUCCAAAAAACAAUUGAUAAUAUCCAGUAACAUUUCGAAAACUUUUUUGAAAUGAUGGAUGAGUGGCAAGCGCACGCGCAGCUAUAGAUGUGCCGUUCAUCACAGAGAUCGCGAGGUCAGCUCCGAAAACGACUUCCAUCUGCUUCUUGAAGAUCCUACAUUUUUUGCCAGGAUGGUGCACUUGGUGGCGAUGGAGGUGCUGCCGGAGGAGAGGGACAGAAAGUACUACCAGGAGCGCUACACGUGCUGCCCGCCGCCGCUCUUUAUCAUCUGCGUCACUCUGCUAGAGCUGGGCGUGUUCGCGUGGUACGCGUGGGGCGCGGGUGGCGUGGCAGCGGCGGCGGGCCCCGUGCCAGUGGACUCCCCGCUGGUCUACCGGCCCGACCGCCGUCGUGAACUAUGGCGCUUCCUCACCUAUAGCGUGGUGCACGCUGGCUGGCUACACCUCGCCUUCAACCUCCUCGUACAGCUAGCGGUGGGUCUUCCCCUUGAGAUGGUACACGGGGGCGUGCGGUGCGGCGCGGUAUAUCUGGCGGGUGUGCUGGGCGGCUCGCUGGCGGCCUCCGUGCUGGACCCGGACGUGUGCCUGGCGGGCGCGUCGGGCGGAGUGUACGCGCUGCUGGCGGCGCACCUCGCCAACGCUCUCCUCAACUUCCACACAAUGCGGUACGGCGCCGUACGCCUCGUCGCCGCACUCGCCGUUGCUUCCUGCGACGUCGGCUUUGCCGUGCACGCCAGAUACACUAAGGAGGCGCCGCCGGUGUCGUACGCGGCGCACGUGGCGGGCGCGCUGGCGGGGCUGACGCUGGGCCUGCUGGUGCUGAAGCACGCGCAGCAGCGGCUGUGGGAGCGGAUGCUGUGGUGGGCGGCGCUGGGCGCGUACGCCGCCUGCACGCUGUUCGCCGUGCUGCACAACCUGCUGGCCGGACCGGCGCCCGACCUGCACUACCUGCCCCCCGACCCGCCCAACGCCGGAUUCUGAUCGCAAGGCGCUGAGUAGCACGGAUCUCCGCUGCACUGAGCCCCCCCCCCCUCCCCCCCGGGCCGCGCGUAUUGCUGCCAGACAUCAUACCUCAUCAUCACAUUUACCAGGAAAUUAAUUAAAAGAAAAACUAAUUCGAUGUUAACUGGCAGCACUUUGGCACUCGCGACAAAAUAAAGGUCGAUGAAGAUUUGUGUAAAUAUAUUAAAGGUGCCAACAAUACGCGCAGUUCUACCGACGGCUUUGAAAGUUUAUAAUUCACGGCUUUGUAGACUGUUAUUUAAGUUGAUAAUUUUAAGGGUAUUAUGAAUGAUAUUAGUAAAACUUUUUCGUUCAACUAGUCUCAACAACGUUAUAGGUCCGGUGAUUUUUCUAUUCUCAUUUUCAACUUUCAUAUCUUCUGAUUUCACAAUUUUAAUUACUAGUAUCAUUUAUAUUAUUCACUAGAUAUCAAAGCCUAAAUGAAAAGUUCACGAAGCCAGCGUGACUGACUCAAAACACGCCUAGUCAAUUUACCUUAGUGUGAUACGCAUAAGUAGUGUUAUGAUUGCAGGAGGCCCCUCCCCUUCCCUCCCCUCCCUCUACUCUGACUGCCCAAAUAAGCUCAUAGAAUCAAUCUAUUAUUUUUUUAGUCAAUUAAAUCUUUACUCACAACCUCCGAUUAUAAAAGGUCAAAGUACGUUCCCCAGCCGCCGCCUCCUCGCGAUACUUAAUUGUUAAGUAGUCUUAAUUGUAUUGAAUAGGUGAACUAUUUUUGUACCAACAGUCUGCGUCCGUAGUGUUUAGGUUUGAAGGCGUUACCGACUAAAUACGUUCCCGUGUGGACCGCGGCCUUACUGCCUACUGUGGGCCUAACAACAAUAUUUGUGACAAUCGCCAUCUUAACG